AUGGCUAAAGUUCAUAUAACCAAUGUCGUUGUUCUGGACAAUCCCAGUCCUUUUUUUAACCCUUUCCAAUUCGAGUUGACCUUUGAAUGUAUUGAAGAAUUAAAAGAAGAUUUAGAAUGCAAAAUGAUAUAUGUUGGAUCGGCUGAAUCUGAAGAACAUGAUCAGGUUUUAGACACAAUAUACGUUGGACCAAUUCCAGAAGGAAAGCACAUGUUUGUGUUUCAAGCACCACCCCCAGACGUGACCCGUAUACCUGAAAACGAUGCACUAGGAGUAACUGUAGUUUUAUUAGCUUGCUCGUACAGAGGACAAGAAUUCGUUCGUGUGGGAUAUUACAUAAAUAACGAAUAUAGUGAUAGUGAGCCGGAACUACGUGAAAAUCCUCCUCCAAAACCAAAAUUUGACAAAGUGGUGAGAAAUAUACUAGCUUCAGAACCAAGAGUGACUAGGUUUAAAAUCAAUUGGGCAGAACCUGAUGCGUCAACACCCGCUGACUCAGGAGAUUGCAAUUUGGAAUCCUCACAUGCCCCGAGUAAUGAUUCAUAUGGGGCAUCAUUUAAUGCAGAUAGUCAGAUUAGUGGUAUAGAAUUUCAAGGCAGUCUUAGUGGCUACGGAGAUAAUUCAAAUUCAAUAGCUCCUAUGGAAUGC